UUUUCCUUCAUGGGGACCUAAGAUGAGGGGGUGAUAAAUACUGAGAGAGCCGGGCUAGAAGUCCCUCCAAGAUAUAAAUUCUUCCUAGGCUUAGACAGGUGCAAUUUAUAGAGUUUAAAUAGAUCUUUUAGAGAGGACAAGAGGAGAAGGGAGAAGAAAUCUUCCAGGGAAGAGACAGCAUUGUCUACAAAGGAGUGACUCGUUGAGGAACAAAGUCAAGACAGCUUGGUGACAGUGGCAUUAAUCAAGCAAAGAUUUGCAUCAUCUCCUCUUCUGAGAACUCACAUAAAACUGGGAAUCUGGAGUUAAUUUUGCACAUUUCCCUUUGCUGAUUCUCCAUCUCAAUGUCCAAGGAGAAGGUAAACGAGACAAUGGAGGCAAAUUUGAAUCAGAUAUGCCGAGAAGAAGUUUCCGAAGUGAGAGGAGUUGUUAUGCUAAAGAGUUCCUGUGAUGCUUGGAAUAAAAUCUGGGACUUCCAAGCCAAACCUGAUGAUCUACUCAUUUCUUCCUAUCCUAAAGCAGGAACAACAUGGCUACAAGAGAUUGUAGAUAUGAUACGAAAUAAUGGAGAUGUUGAAAAAACAAGACGAGCUCCGAUUAACAUACGAAAUCCUUUCCUUGAAAGAAUAAACCUACCCUAUGUUGGAGUGACCCGGGCUAAUGAUAUGCCUUCACCACGAGUCCUAAAAACCCAUCUUCCAGUGCAACUUCUACCUCCAUCCUUUUGGGAAGAAAACAGUAAGAUCAUCUAUGUGGCAAGAAAUGCCAAGGAUAACCUGGUGUCUUUUUUCCAUUUCCAAAGGAUGCAUAAAGGACUUCCAGAUCCAGGAACCUGGGAAGAGUAUUUUGAAACAUUCUUGACAGGGAAGGGUCUGUGGGGCUCCUGGUUUAAUCAUGUUAAAGGAUGGUGGGAAGCAAAAGACGUUUAUCCCAUUCUCUACCUCUUCUAUGAAGACAUUAAGAAAAACCCCAAACAAGAAAUUGAGAAGGUAAUGCAUUUCCUGGGGAAGAACCUGGAUGAAAACGUUUUGGCCAAAAUUGUCCAUUAUACUUCAUUUAAUGUGAUGAAGAAGAAUCCCAUGGUCAACUAUACAUUCAGUCCCGAAAUGAAUCAUAAUGUUUCCCCCUUCAUGAGGAAAGGCACUGUUGGAGACUGGAAAAAUCAUUUCACAGUAGCUCAGAAUGAGAGAUUUAAUGAAAUCUAUAAGGAGAAGAUGGCUGAUACUACACUCUCUUUCUCCAUGGAUGACUAAGAAGGAAAAUCUGGGAUUGAGACAGAAUGAGGAAGAAUUCUGAACUCACCCAAAACUCUGAAGCUAAAGAGAUUUGUUACUAACUACAUAAAAUUCUCACAACAAUGCCAAAAAAUAGGAAACAUUUUAGGCUCACUUUUUGGAGGUCUUUUUAGAUUUUUCUCCACUGACUCCUUUAAUCUCAGGAACUAUCCUAUUGUUUCAUGCCCCUCUCCAUAGAUAUUUAAUAUAAUUGCAUUUCCAUGAUGCUACUCAUAAUAAAAUUAAUUUAGUAUA